AAUGUCUUCUUCUCAAGUUGGACAAGGAUCAUCAGUUACAUGGACUUUACAACAAAACAAGGCAUUUGAGAGGGCAUUAGCAGUGUAUGACAAAGACACCCCUGACCGUUGGUCUAACGUUGCUAGAGCUAUUGGAGGCAAUAAAACUGCUGAAGAUGUGAAGCAACAUUAUGAAGUACUUCUUCAUGAUAUCAAGUUUAUUGAGAGUGGUGGUGUGCCUUUCCCUAACUACACCACUCGUAACGGAGGCCGAGGCCGCACUAAUAACAAAUAA